AUGAACAGCUAUUGGGAUUCCGCGGUCGAUGUCCGUCCUCAUCGAUUCGAUCAUUCUAUUGUUCGUCAUUUAAAUACCAAUUUACAUCAUCAAGACAUUAAACAGAGAUUACGUCAUUUACACGUUCCAUAUGACCAUUUUCGUCUCGAUAAACAUCGCAAUCGUGUUGUUACUGGAUUAAAAACAGAUGCAUUAGUUGCCCAGUUUAAUGAAACAAUUAGACAUGAUGCGUUUCAUUAA